AUAUUCCGAUGGUUCGUUAACAUCGCAACAUUUAAAAACAUAUUGCUCCUACCAAAUAUUUUCAAUUCAUUAUAAUGAGGAAAACAGUGGUGGUGGCGUUGUUACUUUCUUUAUUGGCAGUUCAGCUUCACUUUAUGAAUUGCCAAGACGGUUUCGCAACUCUAGGAUUAGAAGUUACAGGUGGAGCUGGAGGUGAAACAGUAUCCGUUUGCACGCAGGCAGAAUUGAUUGCCGCAUUAUCAGGUAACGAACCACGCAUCGUUCGCAUAGUAUGCCAUAUAGUUCUUACAACUACUGUUUACAUUGGUUCCAAUAAAUCCGUUUUGGGCGGAAGCGAAAGUGCUGGAGUCUCUGGUCGAGGACUUGAAGUCGAACGUAAUAAAAAUGUUAUAAUUCGUGGACUUCGGUUCUGUUGUCCUGUUGCUACGGAUGGACUUUUACUAAAUGGUGCUACGCAUGUCUGGAUUGAUCAUAAUGAAUUUCAUGCCGAUUUAGACCACGAUAAAGACUAUUACGACGAGCUAUUCAGUUGUAAAAAUGGUGCAGAUUUUGUGACGGUUUCGUGGAACAAAUUCCAUAGUCACUGGAAGGCUCUCUUAAUCGGAAACAGUGACAGAAAUGGUCACAUCGAUAUUGGAACGUUGCAUAUUACUUUCCAUCACAAUUAUUUUUUGAAUUUAAACAGCCGGGUUCCGUCGUUACGCUUCGGUGUUGGUCACAUUUACAACAAUUUCUAUGAAAAUAUUUUUGAAACGGGAAUCAAUAGUCGAAUGGGAGCUGAGGUUCUCGUUGAAUCGAAUGUUUUUCGUAAUUCUAGUGUACCCAUUGCGACUGACAGAUAUAGUCCAGAAAAUGGAUAUGCUGUUGAAAGGAACAACGACUUUGGCGGCGCUGAAUUUUAUAUUUCUCACUACGGCACGUUUACUAAGCCCCCGUACUCCUACAGAUUGAAUCGCUUAAGCAAAAUACCUCUUCUCGUCGAACGUAACGCAGGACGUACAAUUAUUUUUUAAAGUUUUUUCGAACAAUUGAACAUGUCGACAUUUUCUGCACAAAUUUACUAAGAGCAAUUGUACAUG